GUGGAAUGACGCGGGAGAAGCUCCAUACGUGAUCCACCACCUAGAUAGUUUCCAGGUUUGGCAUGCUUCUUCAUGCAGCCGCCUUCUGUAAGCUUGCCCGAUCUUGGGAAGGCGGACGAUCCGUUGUUAUAAGUAGAAAACCAUCUCCCAUCCUCCCAAAUUUGCAUAUAUUUGGCUCUUUUCGUACACUCCAAACAACUAGGAGAAAUUGAAAACCAACAUACUCAGCUCCCAAGAAUACAGCAAAGAUGGCUACCUCGUAAGAAUCUCCUUAUUUCAGUCAUGAUUACAACCCCCCCCCUCCCACUUGAGUGUAAUUCUACAUCCUAAUUCAAGAACGUUCAACUCACAAUGCAAUCUUCUUAGAAAGACAUAUACUCUCAACACUGGAGCAAAGAUUCCAGCUCUAGGUCUGGGAACAUGGCAAUCAGGACCGAAUGAGGUCGAGAAAGCUGUCGAGGCUGCCCUGAGAAAGGGCUACCGUCACAUCGAUACUGCUUUGGCAUACGGCAAUGAAGCCGAAGUCGGCCGUGGAAUCAAGAACUCAGGCGUCCCAAGAGAAGAAAUCUGGAUCACCACCAAGCUCGACAACCCAUGGCAUAAGCGAGUCCAGGAAGGAAUUGACUCUUCUCUCAAGUCUUUGGGCGUAGAUUAUGUUGACCUGUACCUCAUGCACUGGCCAUGCUCCACUGAUCCAAACGAUUUGAAGAAGCACCUCCCAGACUGGAACUUUGUCAAGACCUGGGAAGAGAUGCAGAAGAUUCCUUCUAGCAAAGCUAAGAACAUUGGUGUUUCCAACUUUGCCAUCAAGAACCUUGAGAUUCUUCUGAAUGACCCAACAUGCAAGGUAUUUCCAUCUUAAGCAUAAACAUAUCAGAACCAUACUAAACUAUCUCCAGACUGUUCCAGUCGUCAACCAAAUCGAACUCCACCCAAACAACCCCUCCCCAAAACUCGUCGCUUACAACACUUCCAAGGGUAUCCACAGCACAGGUUACUCCUGCUUGGGCAGCACCAACUCCCCACUCUACAAAGACCAAACCCUUCUCUCCAUGGCUGAAGCCAAGGGAAAGACCCCUCAACAAGUUCUCCUCGCUUGGGGUCUACAAAAUGGGUGGUCUGUCAUUCCUAAAUCCGUCAACAAGGAGAGGGUUGAGAAGAACUUUGAGUUGGACGGUUGGGAGUUGACUGAUGAGGAGAUUAAGAAGUUGGAUGGUCUCAAGGAUCGAUUCAAGGUCUGCGGGGAUGCUUGGUUACCUGUUAAGGUGUUCUUUGGAGAUGAUGAGUAG